AUGUCAGCAUCAACCAUGGAAGCUACCCAAGCAAAGGUUAAACACGCUGUUGAUGAAAUGAUUGAUGAUUUAGAUAAAAAAUAUCUCAGAGAUAUGCAAAAGAAAAUGUUCCUUUGCUCUGCUAGCUGUGUUGACAACAGAAAAAGCACUAGAGAAGCAGUUGAAAACUGUGUUGAGAACUGUAAUACUGGCAUGAUGACUGCUCAACGCAAAUUAGAGACUGAAUUGGCCACCCUUCAGGAUCAACUUUCACGAUGUGCCAUGACUUGUUAUGACAAGUUAGUUCAGCAGUUCGGGCCCGAUAGCAGCAAGUAUACAGAAUCUCAGACGGCAGCUUUCCAUGACCAACUUGACAAAUGUGUCGCAACUUGCGCCGAUGACCAUAUCAAGCUUAUCCCAAAAAUAAAAGAUAGAUUUGCUCGUGGUCUUUAA